AUGGGUGACUUACUGGAAGACUGGAGGUUGGCUAAUGUUGUUUCAUUUUUUAGGAAACGCUGUAAGGAGAAGCCUGGAAAUUAUGAACGUGUGGUAGAUAUAUGGAACGUGCUGCCUGAGAAGGCGGUGGACACAGGUACUCUAGCAACAUUUAAGCAGCAUCUGAAUGAGUACUUAAAAUACCAGGCCAUAGCAGGCUAUGGACCAGGUGCAGAACCUCUUUUGCAGUGGGAGCUUGGUGUACAUGUUGAAGUAGCUGAUAUAUUUCCAUUUCUACAACUUGCUCAUACCCUGAUAAUUGUAAGGCGGCUUUGUGCUUCUGACAUGGCCAUUAUUGCACCUGUAUUCAGCAGACAUGAAUUGCCUAAUUCAGGCCUUUACUUAUUGGUAACCAAGAGUGCAUUUAAUUCAAAUAAUGAGAAGUGGUAUGAUGUCAAACCUAAACUCUGCACUAUACUCAAUGGAGACUGUGAAAAUAUUGCUCUGAGGAAUAUUGUACUGACUAAUCGACAUGUGAUACUUUUGACAACGCAUGGCCUUUUUGUAAGCCACAAUUUGCUCGAUGUAGGAGAGAACCCAAAGCCUGGACGUCAGAUUGAAUACUAUAGAAGCAAGUUAUUGCCUUCACCAGGACAAAGUUCUUCAACCUCUGGUAGUGAACGUGUACGUUUAUGGUUUACUCACUAUUGCUUCACAGAGAAUACAGAUAAUCCAGCGGAUUUUCUGAGCCUAACAAUGACGACAUUUACAUUUACAAGUGAACUGAGAAAAAUCAACACCUGUUUUUACGGUACUUCUCCUUUCAAAGAGUGGAAAAUGUGCUCGCCACCACAUACUGAAUAUAUUCCGGAUAUUAUCACUGCUCUGUGGGACCAACAAAGAAACACACUUAUUAUUCUAUCUUAUCUGGCAUUAUCUAGCAAGUUUCGGGCUAAAGUUACUUUACGGAAGUUCAAUGAAGAUUUCACUUUGCGUAAAAUGAAAGCAUUUCCAGAAUUUUAUUUCUCAGAUGAGCACUUUCUUCCAAAUGGAAUGUUUAUGUACCCAAACACAUACACUGUGUAUGUGUUUGGAUCACAGGUGUGGUUUUCAAAUGAUGGUGGCAUUUCAUUUGAAUUGCUGUUGAAAUUGAAGAACGAUUUUGUGGAAAAGAUAAUUACAUGUCCUCGAAAUAAUGCUGUGAUCUUCAUAACUAUCUUACAGAAUGUCUAUUACACCAGACCAGGUUUGGCCAGAUAUGCCUCACUGCGUAUUUUUAAAGAAGGGCUGUCGACUCUGCACUGUGAUCAUUUGGGAAUGUUAAUGAAGAUAACUUUAUUGGAAAAUAGCCCCACUGGUCUGAAAAUACAUUUUCUCGACCUUCUAGAUUUAAUAUCUGAGGACGAUGCAAGCUUUUCUAGACCUCUUGCUCUGCAGUUUCUCACCAGCACCAAAGCAAUGUUUUUUGAGUACAUUUCCUGGAUUGAAAAUGAAGAAGGCGCUAGGCCAAUGUUUUCUAAUUACCACAUUGGAAAAAUGUUACAACAGAGAUUAUGGUUUUGAAGCUGAUGAUUUUGAGAAGACGCUCGUUGUUCCUGGG